AUGUCGAUUUCGAAAACGACGACACAACCAAAACCCACACAGGUUCUCCCUUAUGCAACUGAGGAUCUUCUUGAAAUCUACACCUUGGGUAGAAAAUUGGGUGAGGGUCAAUUUGCUACUACAUAUCUCUGCACACACAAUACAACAGGUAGAACCUAUGCUUGCAAAUCAAAUCCAAAGAAGAAUCUUUUAUGCAAAGGAGUAGAUUAUGAUGAUGUGUUGAGAGAGAUUCAAAUAAUGCAACAUUUAUCUCAACACCCAAAAGUUGUGAAGAUUCAUGAUACCUAUGAAGAUUCAUGUUAUGUUGACUUGGUUAUGGAGUUUUGUGAAGGUGGUAAUUUGUAUGAUAGGAUUAAGCAGAAGGGACAUUAUAGUGAGCAACAAGCUGCUAAAUUGGUUAAAAAUAUUGUUGAGGCUGUUCAAGAUUGUCAUUCUCUUGGUGUUAUGCAUAGAGACCUUAAACCUGAGAACCUUGUGUUUGAUACUGUUGAAGAUGAUGCUAAUCUCAAAAUUAUUGAUUUUGGAUCGUCUGUUUUUUAUAAGUCAGGUGAAACUUGUAGUGCUAUUGUUGGAACCCCGGACUAUAUGGCACCAGAGGUCUUGCUCGAGCAUUAUGGACCUGAAGCUGACUUGUGGAGUGUCGGGGUUAUUUUGUACAUCUUAUUAAGCGGGGUGCCACCAUUUUGGGCCGAGACCGAGGAGGGCACCUUCAUACAGAUUUUGCAGGGAAUACUUGAUUUCCAAUCUGAGCCAUGGCCUACAAUUUCAGAUAGCGCCAAGGAUCUAAUUCAAAAAAUGCUUGAUAUGAAUCCGAAAAAAAGGUUUACGGCACAACAAGUGUUAUGUCACCCAUGGAUUGUCGAUAAUAACAUUGCACCAAAUAAACAAGGUCGGGCCGGAGUCCAGACAAGCUGGGCUAUGAUCCAAGACCUCAACAUCUUUAGGGCCUCGAAAAUUUGUAAUUUUAUUAAGUCCAUCAUUCAAACGAUAUGUUAA